AUGGAGGAUCGGAAGGCAGCAAACCAUCAGUUGAGAGGUUCCUUUAGCUUGCCUAGGUGGCUUGAGGUAAGUCCUGCAACAGGUAUUAUAAGACCAGAUCAGAUUGUUGAGGUAUCAGUGCAUCACGAAGAAUUUCUGACUCAGGAAGAGUUUGUCGAUGGUGUUGUACAAAACUCUUGGUGUGAAGAUUCAAGAGACAAGGAAGCAAUUUUAAUUGUUAAGGUGCAUGGGAAUUACACUAUCCAGACAAGAAAUCACAGAGUCCGUGUUCACCACUGUUAUUCAUCCAAGAAAAACCAACUUGCAUACCCUCAACCAAAUGGCUCCAGGCAUGUUCAAGGAAGUGUACUUCACCGAUCUGAUAUCCAACGGUUGAGCAGUUCCUUUGAUGUGGUUGACCAGCUACAUAAAUUGCAUAGCCCUUAA